AUGAAAUUCAACAUUGUGCUGUUAUUUUUAGGGUUCCUGAUAACCUUCACACUCCAAGCGCCUUUACGAUGUCUUGAAAAGAGGGGCGAGGAUUACCUCUCUCCAGUUUUCAGAAAGCCUUCCAUACUCAAUGGUUUGGCUAACCACGUGGACGAAACACCUCUAGACCUUUCAGAGGAUUAUGGUCUUGACGGUGGAUCAGACAAAGCUGACAAAGGCAAAGCCACAGUCUUUCCAAAGGCAAUCCCUUCGGCUCCAUGGCCCUUCGGCAGGGGUUUGGAGCCAGUAUGGGAGGGCCCGAGAAACUUUUUAGGCCCAAAUCCAGAGUGGAGCAUUUGGGAAGAGGAGCUGGAUACACCACCAGGCUCCCUGUUUCCAAAGCCUAUCGCCGGGGAAGGCGCAUGGGCUCCGUUGGGCUCCGUUGGCAAUUUGGUGGACAGUAUGCCAGUUGCAGAGGAUGAUGGAAUAUUAGCUGAACACGAAGCAUGCCCAACCUGUGGACCUUGGGAAAAGCUAGUCAAAUGGGUUAAGGGUGCCUGGAAGAAGGUAACGGGUAUCUUCAAGAAAAAGGAAAAAGCGGCAACAAUAUGA